AUGCCGCCCAAACGAGCAGCCCCUUCCGAAGGCUCAGAAGAAAAAUGGAAACAAAUGACCUACGGGAUAACACUCGCCGCCGACGCCCUCGACUCAGCUGCGGGAGAGCUGGUCGGGAAGAAGCCGAGAGCGUUCCAGAAGGAGCGGGAGGCUAUAUUGGAGGAAUUUCGAUUGAGGAAACAACUCCUUACCCCCGACACUGUGCAUGUAGCCGCCCCGGAAGCCAUCUCAGAACCUGAAGAAGAAGAAGCGACCCAAGAAUUCGAAGAGGAAGAAGAAGUCGCACACGCGCCGGCAGAAUACCACUAUCCGAUGGCCAUGACCGAGGAAGAGGCGCUUGAUUUUGGGGAGGACGAUGAGGAGGACAGUUUGCAGCAUGAUGUGAACAAUGUGGUUGGGGAGGAUGAGGAUGAGGAUGAGGAUGCGCAUGCGGACUUUGAUGAGGAUGAUGUGGAGAAUUUGGUUUCGUAUUUGUAG